ACGCCAAGAUGCUUAAAGGGAAUAAAUUUCUAAGGCAAAAAGGAAAACCAAACAAAAAGGAAAAAAUUAAUUCUGAUUACAAUCCUUUAUUCUCACCAAAAAUCAACAACUCAUUUAUAUAUUAUAUAUAUCUUGCUUACUAGUUGUGAUUUUCAUUGUGUAAAAAAAAAAAUUGUCUAUCCACAAAAAUGAUCAUGGGAGCAGAGGGUUUUGGUACAAAAUCUGGGAUUUCGAAAACUUAUACAAAUAUGGGGUUGAAUAAAUAUGAUAGAGGAGAUAAAGGAAAUCCGAAGAUUCUAUGGAUUGUAGCUUCAGUUAUUGAGAGGUCAGUUCAAAAGAAUGAGAAGGGAUUGAAGGGAUCGAAUAAGAGAGGUGUUGUUACUGUCUUCCAUGGUACGAGAGCCCCUGUUUUGACUGUUCAGCAGUACAUUGAGCGCAUUUUUAAGUACUCCAACUGCAGUCCUUCGUGUUUCGUGGUUGGGUAUAUAUAUUUGGAGAGAUUUCUCAAUCUGACUGAUUGUUUACUUACCUCUCUUAAUGUUCACCGGCUUCUCAUCACUAGCAUCAUGUUGGCUGUCAAGUUUGUAGAUGAUGACUGCUACAACAAUGCUUAUUAUGCAAAAGUAGGAGGAAUAACGACAAGAGAACUGAACAAGCUGGAGGUGAAAUUCUUGGCAGCUCUUGAUUUCCGACUGCACGUAAGUGUUGAGAGCUUUGAUAAGUACUGCUUGCAGCUAGAGAAAGAUACCAAUGAGAAAUUACAGAUUGAUCGACCUAUCCGAAUUUUUGCAUGGGGAAAGGGUUUGGUAAACAAGAACAUAUCAAAUGGUUCACCUACAGUUGGAGCAUACACUUGUAGAGCUUUCUAGGGUGUAGAGAUCCAAAUCCAAUGAAGAUAAAUCUUCUGAAUUGUGUACCUGUCUUAUGAGAAUCAUGAAUCUUCUGAAAUGCAACUUUUCUCUAUGUUUCA